AUGGAUGAUACGUUAUGGGCAUAUCGGACGGCCUAUAAAACUCCGAUUGGUACAACUCCUUAUCGGUUGGUAUACGGGAAGGGGUGUCAUUUACCAACGGAGUUAGCUCAUCGGGCAUUAUGGCCAAUCAAGAAUGUCAAUGCGAUUUACAAUGAAGCGGGUGAGUUGAGGAAGAUACAAUUAAAUGAGAUCGAAGAAAUCCGAUAUGAGGCGUAUGAAUGUGCAUCCUCAUACAAAGACGAGCUAAAAAAGGUUCGUGAUGCAAAGUUGCGGAAAAGAACUUUCGAAGUGGCUCAAAAGGUGUGGUUUUACAAUUCAAGACUAAAGUUGUUUCCGUGA